AUGUCACUCAUCGAAACUCUUUCCAGGCUUUCGGCCCUGAAUAUCCUUAAUGUUCUCGCCUACUUGGCCAAUGUCCUGUUGGUGAACGGAUUCUCCUCUCUGUUCCAUUUACCAGACAAUGCCACCAUGUCUGCGAAGUAUCAAACCAUUGUGACUCCCGCUGGUUGGGCCUUUGCAAUUUGGGGUUUGAUUUUUCUCAUGCAGCUGAUUUGGAGUGUGGCCCAAGUGGCGUUUCCGUCGUACCGCAACAAUCCUCUGGUACUCCUUGGUGUUGGGCACAAUUACAUUGCGGUCUGUGCCUUUCAAAUUGCGUGGACUGUUUCAUUUGGCUUGGAGCAGAUCCUCAUGUCCAUGAUGUGGAUGGUUGGCAUUCUGUACUACUUGAUUCGAAUUCAUGUCUCGAUGCAGAACGUUCUGUCGGAAAGUGACGAAUCCCUUCGAGUCAGCCACAAUUUCUGGCUUCUUCGAUUUCCUUUUGACCUGCAUCUGGGGUGGAUUGUGGCGGCAACCUUGGUCAAUUUUAGUGUCGUUCUUCAGGCACAUGUAGAAUCGGCCGCGGUCAAGUUUGCCGCUGGCAUUCUGACUCUGGCCGUUGCAUUCGUGGUUGCAAGUGGGGUAUUGUACAUGGAGAAAGACAAAAAGUUCCCAAAUGUUGUCAUCCCCAUGGUGCUCGUGUGGGCAUUGAAUGCUAUCGGAAAAGAAUUGAGCCAACCCAAGGAGUUGAUUGUCAACACCUACACCAAUGGAGAGAUUGAAGUUGUCCAAUAUGGAUCCGAGGUGGCAGCCUUGUCUAUUCUCCUUUUGGCCAUUGGCGUUGUUGCACGCGCCAUUUGGAAGAACCCCGCAACCAGUCGUGUCGAAGAAUACAGCCUUUUGGAUUAG